GAUAUAUAAUGGGGUCUUUUAAAAGCUUCGUAUAUAAAAACAGACAUGCUCUGCAACUGUUGCGUUCUUGCCUCCUCCACUGGUUUCUUCGGCUUUUUUUGUUUUUGUUUUUGCUGGUUGGUUGGUCUGUCCGUUGAGUUUUCCCCAUAUAUGUGUGUAGAGCGCCAUUGCUUUAAUUUGGCGUGCUUUGCUAAAAAGAAACAAAUCGGGGAAGAGAAAGAAGAGUGUGGGGAAGGGGAUUGUGCCAAGGGGUUGCGAGGGUUCUUUCUCUGCUUUCUCUUUCUUCUUUAAUUUUUGGGAGAGAGAUAUAAUUGUUUUGGAGCAGAACUAGAGUGACGGUGUUUGGUUAGGAGGAAACUCGGAGAGAGAAAGCUUCGUUUGGAGAUUCUUGUUUGGGUUCGUUCUAUUUGAAGGGGACGAGUUGGACAAGUUGGGUUGAGGUUAUCAAUAUUAAGCGGUGUUAUAGAAUGUUCUAAUUGGGGAGGAAAAGCUGGAAAACACGUUUAAAACUGUGAUUUGAGACCUAAAUUCCCGAACCCCAUUUUCUUAUUAUUUUGUAACAACAAAAAGAAAAUUGCAGAAAGAAUAAAAAACCUCUUGCUGCUCAGCCAUGUUUGAGCGAGAGAGAGAGAGAGAGAGAGAGAGAGAGAGAGAGGCUUUUAAACUCUUUACAGGUUUCGUUCUUUAAGUUCUGUUAAAGGUGUGUGUACGAAUGGGCAUGCAAGGGAAGGAAUCUAAUACCUAAAACGAAGAUUAAAUUGGGUUCCUCGAAGAGCAAAUUACGAGGCGCUUCUUUCUAUCAGAAACUUCCUCAGAGUCUUCGAGCAAAUGGGUUCGAAUCCGUCGGAAAUGCAGGAACCGAGCAUCGACACCGACAAGCUCAGCUACGAAAUCUUCUCCAUCCUGGAGAGCAAGUUCCUCUUCGGCUACGACGAUCAGAAGCUCUGGGUUCCCAAACCGAUAGCUCCGGCCACCGAGGCUCAGCCUCAAUCUCAAGCCCAAGUCCAAUCGGCCACCGUCGAUAAUAGCGUCUCGGCGAUCAAGAACCAGAGGGGUAAAAUCUGUAUUCUUAGCAUCGACGGCGCUGGCAUGCGAGGCAUUCUCUCCGGUAAAGCUUUGGCAUAUUUGGAAAACGCGCUCAAAGUGAAAUCCGGUAAUUCAGAAGCCAGAAUCGCCGAUUAUUUCGAUGUCGCCACCGGCUCCGGCGUCGGAGGUAUUUUCACCGCCAUGCUCUUUUCCUCGAAAGACCAGAGACGUCCAAUUUUCAAGGCUGACGACACGUGGAGGUUUCUGGCUGAACAAGGGAAGAGAUUUUACCGCUCUUCUGGUUCCGGUUCUAACGGCGCUGGUUUCUUCAGGCGACUAAUCAGAGGUGGCUCAUAUAGAUCGACCAGCGCAUCCGCGGUCGGUUUGGAGAAAGCGAUGAAAGAGGCUUUUUCGGAUAACAACAGGAACCUAACGCUCAAAGACACGUUAAAACCAGUGUUGAUCCCUUGCUACGACCUGUCCAGCACGGCACCGUUUCUGUUCUCCCGAGCCGACGCGCUCGAGACCGACAGCUUCGACUUCCGUCUAUGGGAGGUCUGCCGCGCCACUUCGGCGGAACCGAGCCUAUUCGAGCCGGUCCAAAUGCGGUCCAUCGACGGCCAAACCCGGUGCGUGGCAGUUGACGGCGGUUUAGCCAUGAGCAACCCAACGGCAGCGGCAAUCACGCACGUGUUGCAUAACAAACAAGAGUUCCCGUUCGUACGAGGGGUGGAGGACCUGUUGGUGCUCUCCAUAGGAACGGGUCAGCUUCUGGAGGUGAACCAUGACUGCGACCAGAUCAAGAAUUGGACGGCCAAGGAGUGGGCUCGACCCAUGGCUCGUAUCUUGGGGGACGGCUCGGCCGACUUAGUUGACCAGUCCGUGGCCAUGGCCUUCAGCCAGUGUAGAAGCAGUAAUUACGUCCGCAUUCAGACAAACGGGUCAAGCUUGGAUCGGUGUGGACCCAAUGUAGAUACAGAUUCUAGUCCCAGCAAUGUAAAGAUACUCAAUGGAUUAGCAGAGGAGAUGUUAAAACAGAAAAAUGUUGAGUCGGUGCUCUUUGGAGGCAAGAGGAUUGGAGAUCAAAGCAAUUUUGAGAAGCUCGACUGGUUUGCCGGAGAACUAGUUUCGGAGCAUCAGAUGAGGAGUUCCAGAAUAGCUCCCACUGUAGCUUUCAAACAAGCUUCCCCAAAACACACCUAGACUACUACCAUAACAGUAUUACAAACCAAAAAGGU